UGUUGAGCACAAUGUCGGAGCACAUGCAGCUCUCCCUCGCCUUGUGCAGAAUUGGACUUUACACGUGUUUCCGGGCAAUGUGCUGUAAAGGACCCCCACCGCCAAGACCAGAGUACGAUGUGGUGUGCAUCGGCCUGACAAGUGCCGGAAAGACCAGCUUGCUCUCACGCCUGUGUAGUGAGAGCACUGACGGCAUCGUUCCUACAACAGGUUUUAGCAUCAAAGCAGUGCCAUUUCCAAAUGCCAUCUUGAAUGUAAAAGAACUCGGAGGAGCUGACAACAUCAAGAAAUAUUGGAGUCGUUACUACCAGGGGUCACAGGGUGUAGUCUUCAUACUGGACAGCGCCUCAUCGGACGAGGACCUGGAGGCGGCACGGAAUGAGCUCCACUCGGCUCUGCAGCACCCACAGCUCUGCACACUGCCUUUCCUUAUUCUUGCCAACCAUCAGGACAAACCAGCAGCAAGAACCCCCAGUCAGAUUAAGAAGUACUUCGAGCUGGAGCCUCUGGCCCGAGGAAAACGUUGGAUCCUGGAGGGCAGCACCGUCGACAACAUAGAGGCAGUGAAGGAGAGCUUCGGCCAGUUCAUUAGCCUGCUGGAGGAAAAAGAAACAGAGCCUACAAGGAUAUGAUGCUAACACACAUUAGCAGUGAACAACCAUGAUGCCCACACACACACACACCCAGAGCAGAGACGCAAACACAAAAAGAUAAGACCAAUGCUUGCCACUCUGUGUCGUCCUCCCCCACUGCGUUUUCGGUUCGCAAAUUGGAAAAGUUCACAAGUCAACCACCACGGACUGACCGAGGAGAGCCACCGUUCAAUACUCCCCUUCCCCCAACGCCCAGAAAACUCCACCCAACUUCACCAACAACGGCACUGUUUGUACAACU